UAGCAUACCACCGCUGUAUGCCUGUGAACUUGUCGCAGCAGGCGAAAGAAGAAACCGUCAAAGAAAGAAGAUGGCGAGAGGCGGCCGCAGCUUACGGAGAGUAGCAGAGUAUCUGAAGCAGUUACCGAGCACAGCGAGCCGGGAAAUCCAGGCCAGGAAUAAUGUCAGAUACCUGUCGUCAUGUGGCAUCCUGAUGACGCGCGUGCCUCCUCUGCUGGGCGGAGCCAUGUCCAGUCGGCCCAUCGUCCUGCCGACACGCAGCUUCUUCAACCUCACCGACUCCUUCUCCAAGAGGAAGGAGUACUCAGAGAGACGCAUCAUUGGGUAUUCCAUGCAGGAAAUCUAUGACGUUGUGGCGGAGGUGGAAAACUACCGCCACUUCGUUCCCUGGUGUAAGAAGUCGGACGUUGUGUUCAGGCGCUCCGGGUUCUGCAAGGCCAAGUUGUCGGUGGGCUUCCCCCCUGUGGUGGAGAACUACACCUCCCUCGUCACGACGGUGCGACCCCAUCUGGUCAAGGCGUCUUGUUCAGACGGGAAGCUGUUCAACCACCUGGAGACGGUGUGGCGUUUCAGCCCGGGCCUCCCUGGUUACCCUCGGACCUGCACCGUGGAUUUUGCUAUCUCCUUCGAGUUCCGCUCCCUCCUCCACUCCCAGCUCGCCAACGUCUUUUUCGACGAGGUGGUGAAGCAGAUGGUGUCGGCGUUCGAGCGCCGCGCCUCAACAAUACACGGCGCCGAGACGCCCAUCCCCCGCGAGCUGAUGUUCCACGAGGUCCACCACACGUAGCACCCGCUGCCGACCUCCUACCCCCCCGUGGCCCCGCCCACCAGCUUCACACGACAACACAAGAGAAACACAACGCCAAAGAGCCAGAGGACCGCUGGCCCGCGCAGUGCCUUUCCCACAGCAGCAAAGAACCUUUCAGGAAGCGGUUGCCAGCCGUAACCAUAGAGACGGAGCAGCCCGCUCGUUUUUAAAAAGAAUAUCUGCACCUCCAUUUAAACCGUAAUGCUGUCACAUCUGACAAAGCACAUCAGGAAAUCCAGCUGGAACCACAGAAUGGCUAGCAUUUUAGCGUUAGCAUUUCUUAAAACUUUCUACUGAUCGUCAGCUCUUUGUUGAACACUUUUCUACAUGAAGUGGCCUUUUUCUAGGUGAGCCUUUUCUGGUUCCAGCGCGUCGAACCGGAGGAUUUGUUGCUUGUCUUUGUCAAAUCUGAUUGUAAAAGUCUCCGUUAGAGGAGUUGUGAAUAAAUCAGCCCGUUGAGAGAAGCUGCACUGAGCGACGCUAGCCGGGCGUUGAGAUUGGUCUGAUCGAUUGGUUUAUAGGGAAGUUUUUCUGUAGUUCACUAUGAAGCAUUUUCUAACCUCUAUUUAUAUGAAAACACAAAGACAAAGAGGAGCAUUAGAACGUAUAUAAAAAAAGAAAGCUAAAUCUAAGAGAUGUAAAGCAAAAGUGAUGAAUAUAAAAGCUAAUAUAGUAAGCUAACAUAUUAUAGAAUCUAUGUAGGAGGAGAGCUCCCUAUGGGAGACAUGACAGUUGGUACUGAUGCUUGUAAAACAGGGGUGUCCAAUGUGAGGCCAGGGGGCCAUUUGUCGCCCUUGAAAUGCUUCUGUUUGGCCGAAUGGAGAAAAUUCAUGAAUUCUUGACAAUUGAUAAUGAAAAAAAAUCAUUGAAUGGAAAAAUGUGGAAGUUAUCUGUUUUACUUUGAAUAAAGCAACAGUCCAAAGCCCCUUUAAUGUUUUGGAUCUUUUAAUGAGAUACAAAUAAAAACAAAUUGUGUUGUUGAGCUAGUAAAACCAAAAAUAAAAAUGACAAAGCAGUUUUUUCAUUUCUAAUUGAAUGUUUAAAUUUGCCAGUUUUGGCCCCCCUAAGGGCAAAGGUUUGGGCACCCCUGUUGUAAAAAGGUCAAUGGUUUAUAGAGGCCAGCCGAAGGGGAGCGUGCAUCAGCAGGGUCCAGUGAGGCUUUCAGGUGCAUCAGGAAUCUGGACGCUCCUCUGCGGCCGCUUCACAAAAACAAAAUGUGAUCCCACAGGUCACGCAGUCAGAACACGACCCAUGUCAGGUCGCUAUGGAAACGGUUAUUUCACUUUUACGCUGUCUGGUAGCGUUGCGUUCGCCGUCCUCCCUAAUGGAGGAAGCCAAAAGUGAUUCCGGUAGUUUCGGAAUCAACGCAUUUCUCUUCCACGCCUGCUGCAAGGGGAAACAAAAAAAACAAACGUCAGAUCGGAUUUUAAAGGCACAAGCACACGAGGAAGGAUGACAUUUAUCCCAACCUUCCUGGAACAAGCAUGAUCCCAGCUUGUAUUUCUGCUGAGGAUGUUCGAGAACCAUGGAUCAGGUUUUUCUUACCCAUCACCGUUCCGUUUCCUUUGCUUCCUCUUUUGACAGAUUCCAGUUACAAAUAUGCAUCAAAAUCAGGUUUUGUUUUUUUGUCAUUUUUAUUUUGUUGGUUUUUGUAUCACAAAUAAACUUGAGUAAACAAACUGCAACGUCAAUCGGGGAAAAAAAUUAAAUAAAGGUGAGAUUACGUAGUUUCACGAAACGAGGUCUGACAUUUUGGACAUAAUUCAAAGAUUUUCUGACCAGUAGUUUUCAAAAACUGUCCUCUAGACUGCUCAGACUAUAAGUUAUUUUUUCCAUUAUUUAUCUGAAAACAUUUUUGAGUUUUGACUUAUUUUUUUUUUGCUGUCACCAAUAUAUGAUGGCAUAUUAAGGGCAUUGUGGUAUAGUAAAGAAAAAAAGAGAAUUUCUGCCAAAAAAACACAGGACUUUUGAGAUUAAUCUCACAAAUUUUCUAGAAAAGAACUUGGAAAUUUCUGAGUUUGUAAAGUCGAAACAUUUUAAACUUUUGGAACUCAGAAAAUGUUCCGAGACCAAUCUCAAAAAUUCCAGCGUUCAUUAGUAAAUGUAUUUCUCCUGUUUUUUCCCCUCUCUCUUCUAUCUACAAUGGCCCUAAUAUGUCGUCUAUAAUAGCAGAUAUUUAUCUUUUUUCAGAAGCUCAACUCCCAAAAUCAGGUUUUAUUUUUACACAUAUUCAACUCAUUAGGAGCUCAUCAGUGCAUUUUCAGCAUUUGAUCAUUAAUCUCAGUGGAUCAUGGGGAAAACGGACCGAUUCCGUUCUCAGAUGGGUGCGCGUCCCGGCAGCCGGUUCAGAGCGGUCCGGAUGUUUCCAGCUCACCUCAUGUUGGCUGCUGUUUGCUCAGCUUUCAUGAACCAGUCAGAUGUUCAAGGCUGCGGCGCCUUUAGUCCGGCUCAGCUCGGUAAACAGAGACACGCUCUCAUUAACCUCUACCCCUCCAUGCUUACAGCUUCCAUUGAUGUCUGGAACUGGAACUGAUCAGAUGACAAACCAUGUGUGCUAUUAAUGUAAUUCAAUCAGGAGACGCUUGGUGUAUGUUUUCAGAAUGAUUCACAUCAGUAUUAUUGGGACAGUUUGUGUGAAGUUGAUUCAAAAGGGAUGAAACUGAGGAAGGGAAGCUUGAUCAGCAGAUAUGAGACACUCAAGCUGCUCUCAAAUUAAAGCUGCAGUAUGUAAUUUAUUAAAAAAACAAACAAAAAGCUUUUUACAUAUUUGUUAAAAUUAGUAUGAGUAAGAUAAUAUGAGAAAAGAUGUUAUCCACCUCCUUCCUGAGUUGCUACUGCCGACUGAAGAAAUGCUUCGCUCCUGACCGAAAACAACCAAUCAGAGCCAGGAGGAGGGGCUUAGUGCUGUCAGUCAAGCUUGUGAAUGUUCUGCUAUGUGUGCUAAUGUCGGAGAAAUGGCAAGAAAACUAUUUAUCCACCGUCAUUGGUGGGUAUGCUAUCUAGCCUUAGCGUUGACUACAGCCUCUGCUGACAUUGAAGUGUGGCAGAGAAAGGGGUGAUGGGAGAGUGGUGCGCAUGAUUGACAGCGCUAAGUCCCGCCUCCUUUCUCUGUUUGGUUGUUUCUGGUUAGCACUGGGAGAAAACAGAGGAGAUUGAUUUUUUUUUCUCCAGAGAUUCUCUCGUACUGUACUGCCACAACAUGGUGACAGUUUCAUGCAACUUAUAAAAUUAUUCCAGCUUUAAUGACUGAGCGGAAGCAUAAAGGAACAAAACGAUUAAUUAGAUUUGGAAGUUUGAUUCUGUGGUCGACCCAAACGUCCCAACAGGAAGUUGUUUCCAUGACAGUCUCAACUGUCCUGCCCACUCUGUGCCUCUAGGCCUGCUGGCUGCAUAUUUAUCUCCAGUUGUAAAGGAACAUCAUCGUCAUUAUCUCCUAUUUAUUGUUUAGUUUUACCGAUAAAGGUUUGUCUUUUUUAUUUGUAGCUGAUGGUUAACAUUUACACAACGCAAACAUUUCAAUCCUGAAGGGUAGCUUUUUUUUUUUUUUUU